AUGGCCUCCUAUCUCGCCGACAAGCUGAAAGAACAAGGCAACGCCGCUUUUAGAGAAGGCAACUUUGUCAAGGCAGAAGAAUUAUAUACACAGGCCAUCCAGAAAUACUCGCAGAACCCGCUCAUCUUCACGAAUAGAGCGAAUGUGCGCUUGAAAUUGCAGCGGUGGGAGGGUGCUGUGAAUGAUUGUCUGAAGUCGAUUGAUAUCACUCAGGGAGGGCAGAAUCACAAGGCUUUCUAUUUUCUCGGUAAGGGAUGCGCAUUUCCACUUUUCUUGUUUUGAAGACUGGAAAGUUCCCGGCAUCACAAAGCUUCAGCUUGACAUGGCUGACAGCCUUGUAGCGCAAGCACAGCUCGCCUUACACCACCCUCACGAGGCCUUAUCAUCCGCUCUCACGGCCUACAAUCAAGUUCUCCACCCAACUCCAUCCGCCAAAAUCUCACCCUCAGACCUACCGACCUUCGCACACUUUGUCCUAGCCUGCAAAAAGGCCAAAUUCUCCGCGCGGGACCGCGAGCGACUCCGACGACAAGGCCACCUCCGAGCCGAACUGGAAGAAAUCCUCGAACGAGAGCGUCAAGCCGAACUCCACCUCAUCUCCAAAGAACUCCACGCCGGCACCCUCGGCCCCGUCGAAGCCUCCGAACGCAGCGAAGAGAUUGCCGCCCACUUCAACGCCAAAACCACCACUCUCCGCUCCGUCUUCGAAUCCGCAGAUCCCGCCAACCAGAGACCGCGCGAGAUCCCGGAUCACCUGAUUGAUAUGAUUACGUUUGAGCCGAUGCAUGAUCCCGUCAUCACGAAGAAUGGACAUUCGUAUGAGCGGAGUACGAUCUAUGAGCAUUUGAAACGGAGUCCGACGGAUCCGCUGACGAGGGAUCCGUUGAAGAUCGAGGAUCUGAGGAGUAAUUUUGGGUUGAAGGCUGCUUGUGAUGAGUUUUGGGAGAGUGGAGCGAGUGAGUGGGUGGUUGAUUGGUAG